AUGGCUUUGAAACGAAAGGCCUCUACAGAAGAGGUCUCCCCCUCCAAACGGCGACAACAGCCUCUUCUGGAUCAUGAUGACCCAAUUUACGAGGAAGUGCAUUCCGACGCCGAAUACUCGGGAUCGGAGACACCCAGCCUGAUCAGCGAUGACAUGAAUGAUACUCCUGCGACGCCAAUCUCCACGACUUCCUCACGAUACCCGUCCGAGCUGAAAACGCGCCGCUGCCCGUUCGAAGGGUGCGACAAAGCAUUCAACCGCCCUGCUCGACUACAAGAGCAUAUUCGGUCGCAUAACAAUGAGCGAGUCUUCAAUUGUACAUUUGAAGACUGCGACAAGACCUUUUUACGUGCUUCUCAUCUGCAGCAUCACGUGAAGAGCGCCCAUACUGGAGUCCGUGACUAUGUCUGCGAUCGCCCAGGCUGUGGGAAGAGUUUUGUGACUGGAUCCCGCCUUCGUCGCCAUCUCGCUGCGCAUGAUGGUCGAGACAAAUACCGCUGUACCGAGUACCCACCUUGCGACGAGACUUUCCGGAAGCAUUCCACCCUCCAAAAGCACAUCAUAACGGUUCAUUUGCAUCAAAAACCAUUUCCAUGCACCCAUGUCGAUGAGCACACCGGACAGCAAUGUCAAAUGGCUUUUGACACCGCUGGCAAUCUUCGGGCUCACAAGAGCCGAGUUCACACCGAGAAGCGUUUCAGCUGUACGGAAUGCUUGGAGCGCUUCCAGGAGCAAUCCUCCAAUGUGGACACCCUUGAGAAUCUACCUAAUCAGUCUUUCACUUUCCCUACCUACGCCCUCUUACAGGCUCACAUUCGAACGGUACAUCCUCCGAAAUGUCCGAAGUGUCCCAUCACAUGUUCCACAUCUCGUGAACUACGUCGCCAUCUCGAAGUCGCACACGGUGACGUAUGCCUUGAAGAUAGGAAAAUCUUCAAUUGUACUGUGGAUGGCUGCGACCGCAGCUUCACCAAAAAGGGCAAUUUAACUGUCCACAUUCGAACAUUCCACGAAGGUGAAAAGCGCUUUGCCUGCGGUGAAACAGAUCUGUCUGCCUCAAAGAAAGUGACCGGAUGGGACGGCCUUGGCUGUGGCAAGCGUUACGGCACCAAGCUCGCCCUCGAGGAACAUGUUCGCACGUCACAUAUGGGCUUCAGGAAUUGCAAGGCAGAGCGGCGCGAACGCUUGGGUUUAACCAACAAAUCAAACAACAACCACCAGAUCUCGACAUUGGCAGCCCUUACGGGCCAGGGUUAUGCUGAGGAAACAGGUCGCCAUAUCGCUUGCUUCUAUGAAUCCUGCGAGCACAGAUUCCAUCGUGACUACGAUCUCUGGCUGCAUAUGGGUGCCAAGCAUGGUUGUUCCGAGGACCAGGUACAGGCUCUUUUCAUGCAGCGUGCCCUUUUGUCUGAUCAAACUGGCGCCGGAGGGAACGCGCUUGGUAUUUACGGCCUUGAAUUCGACCAGAGCUUUGCUAGUACGACGAACGCAUCUCUCCCAACGGAGGCGCAGCCCAUUCUGGACUCUGAAAUUUCGAUGCACCCCGACUUUUCAAUCAAGAUGGACGAUGACACGGACUCUAUGGUGGUACCUGGCCACAAUGAAAUGGCUUUGAUGGACCCGGCUCUGGCAUAUCAUCUUAUGGAAGAGUGA